AUGGCUCUUGACAGUGCUUGGAAUGAGCUCGAGGAGACGUUAAACACAUGGAACACCUUCUGCUGGAAGAAGCGCCAUGAAGACAAGGAGAAUGGGGCCACGGGCAAGGCUGUGUUGCAAGAGCUCGUCAGUGACGAGAACCGUGCUGAAUAUCGCGACCUUACAAAGGACAAGAAGGAGCAGCUUUUGCAGGAGUACAGCGAGCACAAGGAAACGAAGACGACUGGCAUCUGCAUCUCAACAAAAUUGAAGGUCAAUGACGUGACACAGACACUCAAGGCUGUCGAGAAUGAGGCAAGUGCUGAGACUAUCUUCUACGCGACAUGUGGCUCUACAGAUCUCCCACUCCACGGUGUUGCCUUUGCAACUGAAGGUGUUGAUGAGUUCAUGGGCUCCAUGAUGAAUAUCGACAACCAGGAUCUUGCGCUGCAAGAAGCCAUAAACAACUCACCUCAGAUGUUCGGAGCGCAAUCCACCAUGAGAUCAACAGGACACUCCAUAAAGGUGAUCACACAGGAUCUGUCAGCGUGGAUGCAUUGGGCGAACUACUGGCGGAGUGUCGUCCAGCGCUACCUUGUUGUCAUUGAAGGUUGGCCCGACAAUAUACCUUUCGUUAACCUGAGCAAUGUAUCCAGCGCCCUACCUGAUUUGGAGAUGCUGUUGGAUAAGUGGGAAGCUGGUGAAAUCUGUUGGAGGCACCUGGAAGAAGAUGAGUACAAAAACUUUGUCAAGAACAUCGUGAGAAGGAAGGCAUAUAAGAGCAAUGCCACUGUCGUAAGUGAUGACAAAUUGGAUUCCCCCCGCGAGGAUACACCUCCUGUUAAUACUACCCCUUCUGGCCAUACAACAACCCUCAAGCUCACGUCAUCCACUCCUUCCACUAUCCCAAAUCCACCAUCCACCUCUCCCACUAUCCCAAAUUUGCUUUCACCUGAGCUCACGUCAACAGCCGGCGGUCUUGGUCAAUUCAUCAACAACGAUGCAGUUAGCAUGUCGAGCAUCUUGCCUGCAGGUAGCAUUGGCGCUGGUCCAUCCAUGAGCUCAGGGUCAUCUGAAUUCAACUUUGAUGAAGCUUUGGCUAAUCUAGAUCAAAAUUAUGAAUCUGCGCUAGACUUGAUGAACUUUUAG